AUGGGAUUACCAAAUGCUUUUGAGGACUUGUCAUCAGAAUUGGAGGUUGAUGCUUUUAGGCGCCUUUUUCCACUUCGUUAUUUUGAGCGUCAUCUUGCCGAAUCAAUAAGGACUGAUGGUAGACCACUUGGAAAAGCUAGAGAAACAAGUAUUUUUCUUGGUGCUGUUGCAUCUGCUAAUGGGUCGGCUCUAGUGAAGAUUGGAUCAACUACUAUGUUGACUGCUAUCAAAAUGGAGGUUAUGACUCCCUCCUUAGAGUCACCGGACGAGGGCUGUCUAGCAAUUGAUUUCUUCAUGCCUCCAAUUUGCUCUCCAAUUGUUAGGCCUGGCAGGCCUGCUGAAGCAUCACCAGUGGUGUCAAAGCAAUUGUCUGACACCAUUUCAAGUUCUAAAAUGAUUGAUUUGAAAGAAUUGUCGCUGGUUAGUGGAAAAGCUGCAUGGAUGGCUUACCUGGAUAUCUAUUGUUUGGAUGCUGAUGGUGCGCUUUUUGAUGCUGCAUUACUUUCUGCAGUUGCUGCUUUAUCUCAUUUGCAAAUUCCUGCUGUUGCCAUGAAUGAUGAUGGCAAGAUAGUACUUGUGUCUGAUGAAGAUGGACGUAAGCAAGCACAGGAGCCGGUCAAUAAGGAAAAGAGGAAGCUUACAUUAAGAAGCAUUCCUUUCUCAUUAACAUGCAUACUUCACAAGAAUUACAUCUUGGCAGAUCCUACUGCAGAAGAAGAAUCCAUUGUGGAAACCCAUGUGACAAUAGUUUUGGAUACAUCUGGCCAACUAAUAUCACUUUACAAGCCUGGUGGCCCGGUUCUUGCCUAUACUUCUGCUAUCCAGGAUUGUGUCGCCUUAACCCGGCAAAGAGUAAAGGAACUAAAAAGCUUCUUAGACAAAGAAAAUCCUGAUAUGGAGGUUUGA